CGGAUCCUCCGGAGCCGCGGGAGACCCGAGCCGGCGGUGUGACAGCUCGUCGGCCGCCAUGUCAGCGAGCGGGGCUGGAAACAGACCCGGCGCCCGGCGGUAGCCCUUGCGUUGCCUCGGAUGCCCAGGUCUGUUUGGCUUGUGUUUUCGAGGACUGCUGUCUGGUCUAGGCUGAUAUCAGGCCCAUAGGUUCUCCUACCUAAACCACCCAAGUAUGUGGGACCUAUGGGCACUUUUGUAGCCAUGGAAGGACUCUGAUGAAACUUUAAACAGUUCCACAAAAGAUGCGCUAAUGGAUGACAGCGAUACUCCUACAUACAGUCUACAGAUAGAACCACAAGAUGGAUGUCACCCGGCCGACAGCGCGGAAAGGACAGUAACACAUUUGCCUUCUGUCUCAGAUGAAAAUGAAAAUCAGCUUGAUGGAGACGCACCUGCGGGGCUGACCACCAGUGACAGUGCCAUGGGGAGAGCCGCAGUGUUUGAACAGGACAGCCUCAACAACAAUGAAAGCUGCCUGCCCAGCCGUGAGGUAGCCCCCAGUGAAACCUCAGAAAACACUCCAAGUGAAGGUCCCCAAGAUGAUCAACUUCCCUUGGGACAGGACAGAAAACUACCUGGAAAAAGAAGUCCAAGAGCUAAAAAAGACACUCCUAAGAGCAUACCUCCCGGAGAUGCCGCACCUUUAGUGCAGACACAGGAUGCAGCAUCUCAGGCUGCCGGUGAAGAGGAAGCUGCCGGAAUGAACGCGAAUGACCCACCAAAAGCCUCAGCGCCAGCACUGCAGCCACUCUUCUCUCUGAUCCGAGGCGAGGUGGAGCAGAUGGACUCCAGAGCGCUUCCCCUCUUCCUCCAUCAGGUAGCUGAGACCUAUUUCCAUGAAGAGGACUAUGAGAAAGCAAUGAAAUUCAUUCAGCUUGAAAGGCUGUAUCACGAGCAAUUGCUUGCAAACCUUUCUGCCAUUCAGGAACAGUGGGAAACAAAAUGGAAAGCUGUCCAGCCACAUACAGUGAAGCCUCUGAGGAAUUCAGAAAAGGGAUUUAAUGGUGAAGAUUUUGAACAGCUUGCUAAAAUUUGCACAACUCAUCAAGACCCUCUGUUGCCCAAGCAUAAGGUAGCACAUGUGGAACAGUCACUGGGGAAGAAAUGCUUUUCACGGGUGACAGUGUCUGAAGAGCCAAAGGAAAGAGGAGCAGCAGCCAAAGAGCCAGAGACUGAAACCUGUCCUGGCAUGGAGCCAAGUGGAGGCCAGCAUGAAGAGCGGCCCCAGGAGAGCAGCCCCAGCUGCCAUCAGAUGGACUGGCAGGCAGCUUCCCCCGACCUUCCAGGAACUGCAGGGAAGGACCACACGGAGGAGCCGGUCUGCAGCACCAGUGCCACGCUGGAGCACCACACCCAGUCCCCAGAGACAACCAGGAGCAGGUCAGGGCCAGAAGCCGCUGAGGAUGCCUGUGAGCAUGACAGCUGCUUGUGGGUGCCUCCCGCAGAGGACCACCCCCAUGUGGCCAAAGACCCUGAGGUGUCUGCGCCUAGUGAGUCAGUGGCAGAGCUGCAGCUCUUCCCCCGCGGUGACAGGGUACCUCCUGUGUUGAUCUCAGAGGGUAAAUAUUCACAGGCACACGGAAAAAAACUCUGCCUGCCACUUCAGGAUGCAUUUGAAGCACUGCCCAGGGACCAGCUUCAGAACAGUGAGCUAAAUGAGCCACAGCAGGCUGAUCUCACAGGCGGUGAUGGGAAAUCACCACAGCGUCAGCCUGGCUCUGAGAGUGCACUUUGUGAUGGCAGCAAAGCGCCUGGCGUAAGUACUCUGUGUCCAGAAGUGUGUAUGGCCCCAGAAGAAAGGCGAGAUAGGGGAGAUCCAGUCAGUAAGGAAACGGAAGACUAUCUGAACAGCCUCUUGGAAGGAUGUUUAAAAGACGUCGAAGAUUCUCUGCCCUAUGAAGAUACCCUGGACGACGACGACUCUGACCUCCUCCAAGACCUUUCUCCUGACGAGGCGUCCUACAGUCUCCAGGAGAAUCUGCCUCCUGACGACAGCUCGCUCUCCCUAGAUGAUCUGGCCAAGAAGAUAGAGAUUGCAGAGGCUGCUCCUGCGGAGGGGCUGGUGUCCAUCCUGAAGAAGAGGAAUGACACAGUAGGAGACCACCCUGCACAGAUGCAGCAGAAGCCAUCCAAGAGAAGAGUGCGCUUCCAGGAAAUAGAUGACAACCUGGAUCAAGAUGAGGUUGGUGGCGGCUCCUGUGUCCUGCUCAUCCUGCUGUGCAUAGCCACCGUUUUCCUCAGUGUGGGAGGAACUGCGCUCUACUGCACCCUGGGGGGCAUGGAGUCGCCCGUUUGCACAGACUUUGCCGACAAUGUGGACUUCUACUAUACUAAACUGCUGCAGGGCGUGGCGGGACUUAAGCACUGGGUCUACCUCUCCUAGCAGCGAGCGCACCAGGCGUGCUGACCGACAGACAAGCAAACUUCCCCAACAGCUUUCACUUCAGGAGUCCCCAAGGACGGACCUCAGAAACAGUGACCUUAAAUGGCAGCCCAGAGAGCGCUGUUAGAGCAACCCCCAGAAGAAGGUGGGCGCUGAUGGAGGCGCUGGGGACAGAGGGCGGGAGCUGUGGAGAGCAUGCCCCCUCCUUGCCGCUUCCUCCCGUUAGGAAGCACGCUGGGCAUAGGCGUGCAGGGCCCACCCCGUGGGCAGACGGACACUCCUGGUUUACAGCCAUUCAUCCAUAGACAUCGCUUCCUGCCAUCAUGCAAUAAGUUUCUUUGUAAUCAGAGAGAGUUACCAUAUGGUUUCAAUGCCAUUUUUUUUAGUUAAUCUCGGGAGCUGUGUAAUUUAAGCUAGAUUCUGUUCUCCAUUUGUGAAGUGGUUGUGUGCGUGUGUGUGUGUCUGAAGCAGCUAUCACAAGCGGAUAUCCAGCGUAGAGUACAAAGAUUACCUUUAUUCUUCUAACUUGACUACAAUGUGCAGGCACACGUCUUUGGAGAAGGCUUACCCGUGAACUGGAUAAACUGUAGAAAUGUUGGCCCUGAAUUGAGAAAUGGACAGAUUGGUGGCAGUGAAUUUUACAGGCCUGAAGGCACAGUGCCACAACCCCCAAGGCCCAGAUGAGAUUACACAGUGGCUUCUGCGCUGCCGGAAGCCAUGAGUGCCGGGUUCCACGGCUUAAGAGAAACCUGCUGAACAUCUGUCAUCCUCUGAGAACCUAAGGAUAGGGACCCAAGUAAGAUGUAACCGAGCAUGGGUGUUUAUGGGAAGUUGACCCAUACCACCACAGGUAUUGAGUAAUUCAGGCCACACACUUGGGUGUGUGGAAUGUGUGUUCCUGCAUGGGCUCAUUUCAGACCCCAUCAUGGGGUCAUGAAGCAGAAAUCCAGUCAGACCUUAAGCAGACGAAUGUCUAGUUUUGUUUAAAUCUGUCACUGGGUGGCCUUUCCUUAUUUAUGGUACGGUGAUCGGAUGUUUAGGAAGCCUUGCUUUGACCUUUUAUAUUCCAGGCAACAUCGUUUUUUUUAAAAAUCAUGAAUUAUAGUUUUUUAGCAAGUGAUCAUUAUAUUCUGUUUUCCUGUGAGGAUCGUUUGGAAGGAAAGGAGGAAUUGCUUUGUAGCUGUUACUGGCUGGCACAGUACCUUCCUUUGUGUCUCUGCUUGCUUACUUGGAACGUGAAUUUAAAGGGCUUCUGUGUGAGCUGAGUGUGUGUCGCUGAGACCCGCUGCUACCUACUCAAGUAGACGCUCAAGCUGUUGAUUUUUCUAUCACUUCAGCUCCACGUGUUUUUAGGCUUAUUUUUUUAAUUGACAUUUUAUUUUCACUUAUAAUAGUGUGUGGCUAUUUCUUAUCAUGUCACCAUAAACUGUAAUAUUUUCAAUGGUUAUAGAUCAGAGUUAUUUAUUUAGGAGUACACAGAAUACUGAAAUUUAGAUUCCUUAUACCUAAGGCUGAUUUUAUUAGAAGAUUAUUUUAAUGUCCUAUUAUAAAUUUUAAGACUUUGUAUUCAUAUCAGUUCUGUAGAAGCUGCCACUUAGCGAGGUCUUCUGUGAGGGCGGGCCUCCACGUGAUACACAGACAUGUUUCCCCCUUGUGAUUUCUAGUCACAGGGAUUUGGUGAUCCUCAUUUCUGCCGAUUGUAUGUCAGGAAAAGUUCAAAUCUCCCUCCUGUUCACGCUCAGAGUCACGUGUGAUCUCUGGUGUUGUGUUUGCCACUCAGCCACCCUGACCACUUUUCUAAAACCCCAGGUUUCCUGGGAGCUGUCAGUGCAAGAAAGGCCUGAAGUGGCACCUUGCUAACCAGUGACCCAGUUCCGUGUCAGAGGAGCCGGGGUACUCAGCACUCCAGGGACCACAGAGUGAUCUUGGGAGCAGACUGACCUCGUGACGCACAGCGGGCAUGAACUCUCACCUUGAAAAACAUACUAGUCACUUACCGCAUGAAUUAGAGUAUCCACCAGGAGGGGAGAGGAUGUGACGCCAAAUGUAAAGCAUCCGUCAGUUGUACUGAAACGUCAUCUGUCAUUUGAAAGUGCUGAUAACUGUUUAUAACUAGCCUUCUUAAGGACUGUAUUUGAGGGUGUCAAAUCAAGCUUGUAAUUUAAAACCUACACCAUCAAAA